GUUUGGGUCAAGUCGUACAGCCACUGUGAUGCGGCAAGAACGACCUGGUGCUUCCCGUCGGACUUGCAGCAGGUGCCACAGGUGCGCAGGUGAGGAAUACCUGCCCCCCAAAAAGUGUUGGCAUUCCGUAAUCUCUCGUCAGCAAGCAAACGCUGGAUGUCAAAAUAGGGGGGGAAAAAAAGAAGAAAAAAACCGAAACUCAAUCUCACUCAUCCUACGCACACUCUAAACAAGGAGUCUUUUGAAGCAUCUAAAAACGACAGCGGAACUUUGUCGACACAGGCCGCAUGUGAAGGGCUGAUUUUUCCUGUUCGAGUUUGCCUGCGGACCCCUAAAGCUUUCUUGCGCAAUGGCCUUCAUCCGUCCGUACCAGGAGUCCGACUUUGAUGCGACGGCUUUCAUCUGCCGCGCAACCCUCCCGCCGACGCUGCAAAAAUCGGAGCCGGCAAGGCGCCUGGCGCCCUACAUCUGGACGCACCAGUACACGGACCUGGCGCCGCGGCACUGCCUCGUGCUGGACGACGGCGCCGGCCGCUGCGUCGGCUACGUCAUCGGCUGCCCGGACGUCUUCGCCUUUGCGGCCGGCUACCACGCCUACGUGUCCAAGCGGCUGACGGCGCCCGAGUUCACGCCGCGCCAGAUGGCCACGCGCGAGCCCUGGUCCGUUCCCGGCGGGGGGGACGGAGGAGAGGAGGGGUCGGAGGAGGAGGUGGUGGCGGUCAACGAGCAGUUCCUGCUCCAGGUCGCGCGCAACCCGCGCUGGCUGCUGCUCGAGGGCGCGGGCGGCAAGGAGGCGCUGGUGCAGAGCCACCGGGCCACGAUGCAUAUCGAUCUGCUGGAGCCGUUCCAAGGGCAAGGGUGGGGCCGGAAGAUGAUCGAGGCGUUCGUGCAGACGGUGCGCGAGGCCGGCGGGCAAGCGGCGCACGUGGUGGUGCUGGACGAGGAGACGGGGCUGGGUCGCGGGCAGGAGAUGGUGCUGGACUACGGAAAGGGGAUCCACAUUGGCGUCUCGGGCGAGAACACAAAGGUCGUGCCCUUUUACGAGAGGGCCGGGUUCAAGGUGUACCCCGGCGGCGAGGUCGAGGGGAACGUGUGGAUGGUCUAUGAUCUUUGAGAGGCUUUGCCCGUAUUGUGUUGGGAGGCGCUACUAGAGUAGUCCAGCCCUGUUUUCGAUAUGCCCAGUUUGAGAGCAAUGAAGCCCGGUUUUGUAGUAUGAAGCACGAGAUGAUAUGUACGGGAGGCGUGUGUACAAGCGAGAGCAACACUGCAAAUCAAGUAUAUGCGAAAAGAAACAGCAUCCUUCUC